AUGAAUGAGCUCGUCCAGAUUGCAGCCCAGUCUGUUGGUGCAAAGUUCUGCGUCUCUGUACGAAAAUGUCCCGACGGAAUGUACAAUAAAAGCUUUGUCAUGACCAUGGAUGACGGGCAAGAAGUCAUCGCCAAAGUACCCAAUCCAAAUGCUGGAGUCUGCCAUUACACCACGGCAAGUGAGGUUGCGACCAUGGAUUUUGUCAGAAAUAUUUUGCAGACUCCUGUGCCCAAAGUCUAUGCGUGGAGUUCCAGAGCUGAUAACGCGAUCGGAGCCGAGUACAUCAUAAUGGAGAAGAUGCCCGGCGUUCAGCUCAGUGAAGUAUGGAACAACAUGAAGAUUGGGGACAAAAUGCAACUGCGACUGAACCUGGCCUUGUACCAAGCAAAAUGGCUCUCAAUCUCAUUUCGCCAGUUCGGCGCGCUAUACUAUAACGAGGACCUGGACAAGGAACGCUCUGAGGGUCAUCUGUAUAUCAACCAGAAAGGUGAAAAGGUACAAGACUCUCGCUUCGCCAUUGGACCCAUGACUGGGCGCGACUGGUCUGACUGUGGAAGAGCAGGCCUGCAGUGUGACCGAGGGCCUUGGCUUACCUCGAGUGAAUACCAUAAAGCUGUGGGUCUCCGGGAAUUGACGGCAACAUUAUCAAUAAAACCACUUCCUAAACAAACGUUCAUGGUUUGUGGUCCAGGACUGUACCUGCCCAGUGCUGCGAAGAAGUCUGCUGCGAUUGAAUCUUACCUCAAAAUCUAUGAUGCUCUCCUUCCUGAUGAUCCCACGAUCACUGCUCCAACACUCUGGCACCAUGAUCUGCAUGAGGAAAACAUAUUUGUCGAUGGCAAGAACCCGACCAAGAUCCUCGGCAUAAUAGACUGGCAGUCAGUUGACCUGCUCCCACUCUUCGAUCACAAUCUCGAACCCGCAUUUGUCCAAUAUUCCGGACCGAAGCCAGAGACUUUGGAACCACCAGAGCUCGAGGACACGUCAGGGAUGUCGGCUGGAGAACGGGCGAGGGCGACCAAGGAGUACUUCGACAGGGCGCUCUAUGUGGCCUCCAGAAGAAUUGCCAAUAAAAAGCUACCGGCUGCUUAUCACGCCCUGGAAUAUCAACAAACAGCGGCGUUCGACCUUCUCACUAUCGGGAGACGUCUCUUCGAGUUUGGUGAGGCACAUUUUCAGGCGCUGACGGUUGAAUUACGCGAGACAUGGCCAGGGUUGACCUCAAUGGAAGACUCUAUGACGCCGAGACAGUUUCCAAUUACCUUUGAUGAUGAGUCCUCGGCAAUUAUUGAGGACGACUACAAAAAGGCUAUCCAUGGCAUGGAGAUUAUGAACGACUUCAAGGCUCGCUUGGGACCGUUGUGGCCUGACAAGGACGCAGUCAGCCACGACAUGUACCGUGAUGCGAAGACAGCGCUUCGAGAAAUGAAAGCCGAAGUUAUUCAGGAAUUUGCCAAAUCACAGGACGACGUAUUGGAGUUCGAGAAGCUGUGGCCGUUUGACGACUGA